AGCGGGUCGCAAUGAAGCACGCGCUUGACAUCGCAGUGCUCGUCCGGCAGUCUUAGUCGCAUCUCGCGCCGGUAAGGUCGCUUUCGGAAUCCGACCUCGACCUCGCAUAACCGUUAUCAACCGUUGUCAGUGGAUAUUUGUUGUGAUCAAUAUUGAAACAUUACCCGGAAGGUUUAAGUAAGCGUCUUUAAUCAACGCGUAAAUACAUUCUGUGACUUACUCAUCAUUGUCCUGGUUGUUUACAAACUGUCAUCGGUGUUAUGUCGCUGAUAAGUGUUAGGUCUGUUACGGAAUUUUUCUUAUUUUGCCUUUCGAACACUUUGGAACAAUUAUCGUUUAGUUUUGAUAAAAAUAGCGCCCUCGAUUGAUGAGUUGUGAUUGAAAACCGAUAAUAGUUGAAGUUACCUUCGCGGUGUGCGGGGUUUAUAAAAUGCCGGUGCUGGGCUACGAGAUAAUGACGUCUCAAGAAAUUUGCCCGAUGGGAUACAGUGCUGCGUCGGAGUACAUGGUCCCGGCCCACGUGUGGGAGAAGCAGCACAACGCUCCCUACAGCGACUUCCAGUCCAGAAGCGGAGGAGCAGACCACCGCGGGAUCAACGUGACAUACAACAGCGAAGAUAGUGAUAUGCAGCUGGAGACGAGCAGUAGCGAAGCAAGCGCAGCCAGUUCCACGACCAUAUCCCAGCAUUGCGCCAUCUGCGGGGACAGGGCGACGGGCAAGCAUUACGGUGCCUCGUCCUGCGACGGAUGCAAAGGAUUCUUCAGACGGAGCGUGAGGAAGAACCAUUUGUAUACAUGCCGUUUCAGCAGGAACUGUGUAGUCGACAAAGACAAAAGGAACCAAUGCAGAUAUUGUAGAUUAAGGAAGUGCUUCAAAGCCGGCAUGAAAAAAGAAGCUGUUCAAAACGAAAGGGACAGGAUCAACUGCAGGCGACCGUCUUACGAAGAACCGACGCAGGCCAACGGUCUAUCUGUUGUAUCGCUCCUCAACGCUGAACUCCUGAGUAGAAAAGUCAUUGACGAGACUGUAAACGUGAGCGACGCCGAAAUAAACAAUAGGAAGCUAGCAAAGAUCAACGAUGUAUGCGAUUCGAUAAAACAGCAACUACUCAUACUGGUGGAAUGGGCUAAAUACAUACCCGCCUUCACGGAGCUGCAUCUCGACGAUCAGGUAGCGUUGCUGCGUGCUCACGCCGGCGAGCACCUGCUGCUGGGCUGCGCGCGUCGCUCGCUGCACCUCAAGGACAUACUGCUGCUCGGGAACAACUGCAUCAUCACGAAGCACAACAUCGAUGGUCGUAUGGACAUUGACAUUAGCAUGAUAGGCAUGCGCGUCAUGGACGAGAUAGUGAAGCCCCUACGAGAGAUUGACAUAGACGACACUGAAUUCGCAUGUUUGAAAGCUAUCGUGUUCUUCGAUCCAAACGCGAAAGGCCUGUCCCAGCCGCAGAAGAUCAAGCAGCUCCGUUACCAGAUCCAGAUCAACCUGGAGGACUACAUCAGCGACCGGCAGUACGACGGGCGCGGGCGGUUCGGGGAGCUGCUGCUGUGCCUGCCGCCGCUGCAGAGCAUCACGUGGCAGAUGAUCGAGCAGAUCCAGUUCGCGAAGCUGUUCGGGGUCGCGCACGUCGACAGCCUGCUGCAGGAGAUGCUGCUCGGCGAAGCCGUCCUGGAGGAGCCGUCCCCGGAGCCGGCGGCCGCGUCCCCCUCCCCGCCGCUAGUGCCGCUGGUGCCGCUAGUGCCGCAACUGCCGCAGCUGCCAGGCAACGACUCCGCCUUCCUCGAACCGAUGCCCUUCAAACAAGAGCCCAACAUCUAAACGAUAAGUUUUCUGAUGCGAUAUCGAAAUGUGUUUAAACUAAAGCCCGCCUGGUACAUCAGAGAUAUGAGAACGCUUGACCCGACCCUGUACUGACAGUUACUAAGUCCAAACUGGAUGUGACGUCAUCGCGUGCUAAACCCGACGUGACGUCAGCGCGUGCGAAACUCGAUAUGACGUCAUCGCGUGCUAAAUCUUACGUGACGUCAGCGCGUGCGAAACUCGAUAUGACGUCAUCGCGUGCGAAACUAGCGAACCGUAGUCACUAUAGAAUUCCUUGCCAAAUUCAAUGAAAUAUUUCUUUUUAAGUGAAACGACAAUCGACAAACUUUGUCGGACGUAAAGACUCCUUCUAAUAGCAUUUAGCAUAGACAUAAAUGUAAAUGUCGUUUCUUUGCCUCCAUCAAAAUUAAAUUUCAUUUAAAAAAAAAAAAA